AUGCACUCUCUCAAGAAAAUAAAAACAAACUCUCUAGCAAUAAACAAAAAACUGAGCAUGCACAGCUUGCCCCCAAGGCUCUGUGCUAUCAGGAGAUGAAUCGGGGACAGUAGAAGAAAGGAAGGAUCAGAGAAGACAGGAUCAAACAGCCUUUUUACACAAUGUGGAGAAUUAACCCCUUAGGUUCUACAGUGAAUAUAACAAGCAUGCUUUACUGCAGGGGCGGACUGACAAUUCAUGGGGCCCCCCGGGCAAUAGGGGAUCAUGUGGGGCCCCUGUGUCCUUGCCCAAACUCAAAAAACCUA